UCUCUGUACUCUCUCAAAAUCCUCCUCUCUCCUGCCUGGGUGUCUUUCUCACUCCAUCCAUCUGCACGCCUGCAGGCCCUUCAUUGGCUGGGUUUAGGGUGGGAGGGUUCUGUCACCCGGGGCAACAGCAACAACGAGCCGGCUCCUGCUAGGCUACGGGGCGGGGGUGGGACCAUGGCGGGUCGGAACCUAGCUCGGCGCUACGGUCCCCCACGGUCCCCCAUCUCUGGGACCAAGGUGCCUGGAUCCCAGCCCAGUUGGCAUCUCACCAGCAGUGGCGUCGCCCACCACUGUAUCCCGCCCGUGCCCUUUCCCCCGCCCACUGUGCAGUCCACGGUCGCGGAGCCCCUGCUCCUGGCCGCAAAGCAGGAUUUGCAUAUUUGGGCUUUCGACGAGGUCACCAACAGAUGGGAGACAACCUCGGGCUCGGCUCACGUGCCCAAGACCCACGGCGGGCCCUACGCGCAGCCCAAGGCCCCAGAACCUGCGGACCGCACGCGGAUUGUGGGGAUCAAGGAUGUAGCGGAAAAACUCAGACACCGCGGCUGGCGCCUCCCUCUGAUCACAAAGCACCAGUGCAGUGAGACGAGGGCGCAGUACACCGGCUGGCCCAGCCUGGGCCGGGGCGCCACCUCCUUCAUCGGGCCCCAGCCCCUGGAGCUUGCGGACCACAACCGAGGGGGCCCUUCCCAGGCUCUAAUCCCCUGGACGAAGAACCCCGAGCUGGCCGGCCGGCCUUUCACUAUUUCUGACCAGGGCAUCCUGGACCGCCAUCAGCUCUAUCUGACCAUUUCGGCCCGGGACUUCCAGGCCUAUUCGAAGAAGGAGUUGUCAGGCUACCCUCGCAAGGACUCGAUGGCCUCCUGGAGCUUCGGGGAGACGCCCCAGGCCUGGGGCCCCGGCCCGAAGCAGCCGCCCGGUCCGUGCUCCUCUCGGCCACUCCGGCCGCCGAAAAUCCGCGUGCCCCGCACCCGUCCGGUGAUGCCAGUCGUGCCGCACCGCGGGGCGCUGUCUCUGGCUCAAGAAUCCUACAGCCCCCCGCUGCACCCACUCCGCCGGCUCGACCGUUUCUGCCCGCUGGAGCUGCCCUGGGGCGGCCCCCACUGGAAACCCGAGUCAGGCAUCUACAGCGUGCCGCAAGCCUACAGCACCGAGAACUUCAACUACGGCAGCUUAAAGCCGGCGCCGGCCUGAGCCAGACGGGCCAGCCCCGCCCUGGACA